GCUAGUGCACAUCAGAUCAAUUGGUACUUUAUCCGACGACCAAUUGCAGCGCAACUACCCCCUUUACCGGCGCUUAGUUCCGAGCUUCCCCAGUUUUAGAUAUAUCACCUUGAUCGGGUCUUGGACUAUUUCUAAUCUGUUUAAUUCGAGAUGCAGAAGCUCGUGAACGGCAGUCUCUGGUUUCUCCUGUGAAUUUAACUUGUCCAAGUGUGACAUUUGGAAUCUGGUCGAGAUGUCGCCAAUUGCAACAAGUACCAUCGAUUCGUACGACUUGUCACCCGAUCAGUACAAAGUCAUCUAUGAAGAUGCAAUACCACUCGAAGGCCAACCACCUUCUGCACUGGGGAAAGAUGACCUAGUCCGCAUCCAUAACCGAAAUUUGGAGUUGAAGAAGGAAUCUGGGAAAUCAAGGAAUUCAUUCGUGCUCCCAGCCGCUUACGCACCUUCAUCAGCAUCUCUUGAUACUCUUCAAAAAAUCUCAUUGUCCGACCUCAAGCUUGGAACCCAUAACCGAGGAUAUUUCGUUACAGCACGUACAAUCACUUCAUCUUACCACUCUACAGACUUGAUCACUAUCCUCGAAGACGACAGCGGAGCAGUGGCAAGACUUGUUCAAGGCUUUCAAAACUUCUCAUCUUCUGAUUCCAGCAUUCCAUUGAACAGUACAGUGGCGAUCAAAGAGCCGUACUGUAAAUUCAAUGGAGAGAACGAUUGGAUAAUCAGGGUAGAUCACCCUUCAGACAUUGCUGUCUUAAAAGGUGACGAUGCGGCUGUUUCAUUAAUUCUGCAAUUUGUGACCGAGAAGAAGGAGAUUUCUCCCACACAAUGGAGAGAAGCUGGAGAUCUGGCUUAUUUGGACAAGAAAUUUUCUUCUGCUAUUGAAUGCUAUACCCAAGCCAUAGACAACUCUACCUCAGAUACAGCAUUCAAGCUCUCCACCUUACGAAAACGUGCCUUCGCCAAUCUAACAGCAAGAUCUUUCUCCGCAGCCAAAGAAGACGCGAUAGCUUCCUGUCUAGAUCCGCCUGAACCCGGUGAUGAGAAGGCCUAUUUCUGUGCAGGCCGUGCAGCCUACGAACUCGGACUUUAUACCGAAUCUGAACAGUAUUUUACCACGGCACUUAACCUCAAGCCCCGAGACCCCAAAACUCUUAAGGAGCUCCGAAAGACACAAACUCGUAUCAGCGAGCAAGAGACAGGAGUCUAUAAUUUCGCAUCCAUGAUUGAUCGUCUGAAGAAAGGAGAAGUUCAUUUGGACCAUGCGGAUUUUGUGUCCAAUACUGAGGUUAAAAUGGCCGAGGGAAAGGGAAGAGGGUUGUUUGCUAGGAGAGAGAUUAAGAAGGGGGAAGUCGUGAUGGUUGAGAAAGCUUUUUGUUUACCGGAUUUAUAUACCACGGAUCAAAGCGAAGAUAUCCGGGACGGGCAGCGUUUAGAGAUGUGGAACUUCAACACCAAUUCCAGGACCCAGAGACCUGCUCAAGCUAGUCUCUUUCUGCAGCUCUUGAAGAAAAUCUACGGAGACGCCGAAGCGAGUAAGAAGUUCUUCGAGUUAGACGGUGGGAGCUAUUUAAGAUCCGGCAAGGAAGCAGAAAUCGUUGACGGGGUACCAGUAAUCGAUUCAUUCCUCACAGAAGCAAUCCGCCUCCGAAACUGCUUCUCCUGCCCCUCAACCUCUCUCUCCUUGCUAACCUCCAACCCAACCAUCUACAACAGCCAUACCACGCCCCUCUCAGCCGGGCUCUGGACUCACGCCGCCUACAUAAACCACUCCUGCAUCCCGAACAGCAUCCGUUCCUUCAUAGGCGAUAUCAUGAUUAUCCGCGCUACGUGCACGAUUCCUGCUGGUGCAGAGAUCUUGCACCAGUAUAAAGCUUCUGAUGCCGCGUACCUGGUGCGGAAACAGGUUUUUGAGCAGAAUUGGGGGUUUGUGUGUGAGUGUCCGCUUUGUGGGAAGGAGAGCGGGUCAAAGGAGGUGAAGCAUGGAGAGAGGAGUGAGUUAGUGGAGAGGAUUAAGAGGGAGGUUGGAAGGUUGGGGAAGGAGGUUUCGGUGGCGAGGAUUAGGGGGGUGGAGAAACUGGUUAGGAGGUUGGAGGGGUUGCAUGAGAGUGAGGUCUAUGCGGGUUUGCCGAGACUGAUGCUGAUUCAUCCUUGUAUUUGGCUUUUGGAGAGGUGGAGGGAGAAGAGGGAGUGGGGCAUGGUUGUUAAGUACGGGUUGGAUGUGUUGAGGAAUUUUGGGUUCGGGGAAGAUGUUGUUAGGGAGGGGACAUUGGAGUUAGGGUAUGAGAAGGGGAUUAUGAAUGUGGAGUCUAUGAGAGCUUUGAAAGUUAUGGGUGAGGCGUAUAAAGAGCUAGGCAAGCUUGAAGUUGCAGAUGAGUGUGAGAAGGAGGCAAAGGGGAUGUUUGUUGUUUUGACAGGGAGUGAGGUUGGUAUCGAGGAUUUCUUUUCUACUUAGGUGGCAGACACAUUUUCAUGAACAAGUCUCUAGUUAAAGACGUUUAAGAUGGAGCAGAGAAACUCAAUAUGAUUUCUGAGAUGAGUGAGAUCUUCCCAACCUCAUGAACGCCAACCCAUCUUCCUUUACCACGCUAUGCAGAUCUUAUAGACACAUUCCUCCUUCCAUAGUACAUAUCAUACAUCAGUAUACACAUCACCUCAUCCCCCUUUCCAAAUCUACACCCCAUUCC